AUGAACACCAAGCCAGUAUGCGGCGCCUUCUCAAGUACAGACCAGAGUCGAGUGGCGGAGUUGUCAAAAUCAGCUCAAGCAGACUACAUCAGCGCCGUGAAAUGUCUGGAUAAGCUUCCUUCCAAGAUUGGCUUGAAAACAUCUCACUACAACGACUUCCCUUAUGUUCAUACAAAGCUCAAUAUCCAGAUCCAUUUUGUGGCUCAAUUCCUGCCCUGGCACCGAUACUUUGUGCAUCUCUACGAGACAUCCCUACGAGAAUGCGGAUAUCGCGGUUCUAUGCCCUAUUGGGACUGGACAAUCGAUUCUAAAGACAUGUCCAAAAGCCCAGUGUUCUCGAACGACAAGACGCGUGGUUUUGGUGGUAACGGCUUGAACGGAGGCUUUGGGAGCCCGGCGCGGCCGAACCCCUUGACGAUGUGUGUCCUCGAUGGCGCAUUCAACAACUUCACUGUGCAAUACUACGACAAUACGUUGAGGCCGCAUUGCCUGAAUCGCGGGUUCAACGACGGCUUAGGCCAGGCCGGCAAAUUCCAAGGCAACUCUUAUUCGCCACAGGUGGUGUCGAAGAUAAUAAACACCUCCAUGAAUUUCAGUACUUUUGCCACAGAUCUUGAGAAUGGACCACAUGGUGCUAUCCAUCAAGCCGUUGGGGGAGAUCUCAUUCCAUCCACAUCACCCAACGACCCUCUCUUCAUGCUGCAUCAUACACAGAUCGAUCGUUUGUGGUGGAUGUGGCAGCAGAAGAGCCCUAAGCAGCGAAACUCGGACUAUUCGGGCAUACGCAUUCUUGCGUCUGGUGCAGUAGAUGAGAAAAAAGCAAGCCUGAAGGACAAAAUGCCUAUGCUCGGCCUUGGCCCUGAUAAGCUUGUCUCCGAGCUGAUGACAACGUCGUCGAGCUUGCUGAGUUAUCGCUAUGAAUGA